UCUGCUCUUUAGGGAGUGGUCGGGGCACCAAGUUCCAAGAGAUCUUUUUUGCGUGGGAGAAGGUUGAGGUUCAGGACUGAAACAUUCGUGAUCGAAUAGAGUUCGCAUUUUGGAUUCAGUCCUCCAAGACUCACACUUGGCGGAAGGAAGACAUCGCGCACUGCACGCGACAAGCGCAACAACACAGCAACAGCGAACCCGUUCAAGGAUUUUCUUUCCCUCUCGAAAGCUGAAGGCCGACCAGAACCCACCCUUUUAUGGAUCCCAUAAAGGACAUCAAGACCAGACGACAAGCUUCCGCUUUGUAAAAGCCAACACCAUGUCGGACGAGAAGAUCAAAGGAUCGGUCAAGUGGUUCUCUAUCCGCAAGGGAUAUGGAUUCAUUACUCCCAGCAGCGACAAUGCUCCCUCCGAGGAAGAUAUCUUUUUCCAUCAGACCAGCAUUGUUGCAGACGGGAAAAAUGCAUUUCUGGAAGCAGACUAUGAAGUAGAGUUUGAGGUAUACAAGGAUGAUGCUGGGAAAUACAAGUGCAAGAACGUGACAAAGCCUGGUGGAGAUCCUUGUGAGAUUCCAGAACGAAAAAAUCCCAAUCCCCGCCGACGAGGCAAGGGAGGAAAGCAGGAUGGCGAAGGCGACGAGGAAGGAAAGACCGAAGAGACUCCCGAGGGCGAGGAAGGCAAAGAGAAGGAGAAUAAGAAUGGAGAAAAUAAGGGCCGUCGUGGUCGCAACAAAGGCAAGGGCGCCGCUGGAAAGGACAAAACCAAUGCGGAAGGAAGCGAAAAUGGUACCGACGACAAAAAGCCUGCAAGUGGAGGCCGCGGUCGUAAUGCCCCUAGAAAGCGCUUUGAUGACGAAAUUACCCCAGAAGUCAAAGCUAAGAUGAAGGAAAAGAAGCUGGACAUGAGGCAAACUUCUCUCUUGUUGGUGCUGGAGAAAAGCCGACUCAAGUUCGGACCUGAAGGUUAUGCUGCCUUGUGCCAUGCAGAUGGUAUCAUGGCCGAAGGAACUUUCAAAUCUGAUGACGAAGGAAAGGUUACCCUGACCUGGAAAAACAUGUUGAAGUUUGAGGGCGGGGAAUGGAAAACCAGUGAUCCAAUCGCCGGCACGAGCGAUGGUACCCUUGUCGGUUCCUUUUCUUGGACUGAUGAAAAUGUCUCGGGUCUCAAGGCGAUUGAAACUCCAGAGUCACUUUGGGGUGAUGAUAAAACAGACCCUGCUGAUGAUCUGCAAAAAAACAAUUUUCAAAUGCGCAAGUGCUUCUUGGCUAAGACUCCCGCCAAUCCACGAAAUACCAGACGUCGACCCAGGAACCGUAACGGUGCUGGUCGAGGAAAGGGUGGAGCCAAGGCUACGGAGAAGACGACGGAAAAUGGAUCGGAGGAAAAUGGAAAGACGGAAGAGAAAAGUACUGAAGCUGCAGCUGAGGCUACUACUGAAGUUGCAUCCAGUUAGUUUUAAAGAAGUGGAUGAAGGAGUGAAUGGUGACGAUGAAAUCAGUUGCGACACCAUAAUAGCAUCAAGAAAAAGAAUGGAGAGUCACCUAUAGGGGUGCUGGAUAGAGGCAAUGAAAAAGCCUGUAUAUUGAUACUUUUUUCAUGACAAUGGAAGGUUGCAAGUAUGCGGUAUGUUUGGCGAGCUAAGAACAAUAAAGGUUAAUACAACAACAUCUGUACUUCUCUCAUGGGUCCUGGGGCAUGGUCAUGUGCUUGGCCUGGGCUCACUGCUUCUUCUUGUUCGCUUGAACGUGUGGUUUUG